UAGCAAUGUGGUGUGACGUUAAUUAAGCAGGUACGUCCACAUUUAUGACGUCAUUAGCAAAAAUUGCACAGAUUCACAAUUUCAACAAAAUAUUUAUUCCUCCCCGAAGUUCCACCGCUAACAGCGCUAGGGUGCGGUUGCUAUGCAAAUCUACAUUAAAUCCAGCGGUUGAUGGCCAACGUUGAAAUGCCUGACCAAGUCGUCUCAAAGUUUCCGAGAAAUGAAGAAAAGAAAUUAAAUAAACGUCGAAGUUGUGAAUUAGUUUCCACACCAACGCCCUGCAUUAAUAAAGCUUUGUUUCAUCUGGAAAGAUUGAAGGGUUUGGUGAAGACAGGUGGCGCCAAAGAGCAACAAGUUCCGCAAAGUAUUCUAAAACAAGAUAAUGAAGAUGUUCGACCAACCGGAACUCGUAAACAAAUCAGAUUCUUGACACCCAGCUCUUUUCCCCCACCUGGUGACCAAAAUGUGGAAUUAUCCGUCCAGGGUUUGGGAGGGAAAUCCCCUUCAGAAACAAGCGAACCACCAGAGGGCGAUAUGAUGAAACAAAUUCAACUCAAACCUCAUCAAGUUUUUACACAGGUGGCGGAGUUGAUCACGAGGCUCGAGGCUGACAGAUUGGCCACCGAGAGCGCACUAGAGCACGAGCGAGAACGAGUAAAGAAAUUAGUUUCGCGGUUGGAUGAUUUGUCGCAACGUAGGAUGAUAGAACUUCCGGCUGCUGUGCAGAAAGAGCACGAGGCUUGUGCUUGUGAUAUAAGUGAAUUGCAAUGGCACGUAUCGUACACCACACGACAAUUAGAACGAAGCAAGGAACGCGUCCACGCCGCUCAAUUGUUGAACGCAAGUCUUAAGGAGGAUAUCAACUUCGUGAAGAAACAUUGCCCUCUAGUGGAGGAAAAGUUAUUGAUUGAAAAAGAAUCGAUGAAAGAAAUUAAAUCCAUGCAACGAGAUACUGAUGACGAACUCGCUGAGGCCCGAAUUAAACUCGACCAAGCAGAACAAAAAUACCAGGAAGCGACAGAGAAAGCUGAACGCGAACGACAGAAAGCGAAAGAAAAUCUCGAAGCUGUUCGCUCGCAACUUAAAAUGCUAAAGACUGAUCUCCACCACUCGGAGGCGAUGUUCAAAGCUUAUUUAAAGAAAGCCGAACAAAGUUUACAAAAGUUGACGCACCAGAACGAAGAGCUCGUUGUGCUGCAAAACAAAACGGAGAAAGUUCGUGAGUUGGAACAGCAUGAGGUUUACAAGAUCGAGGGGUUGAGAGAUGAAGUUAAACAAGUCGAGUUCGAAACAGGGGAAGUAACGAGACAGAAGGUGGCGCUAGACAAUGAGGUGGAAGAAAUGCACAAAGGCAUGCGCGAGAAAAUUUAUAAUUUGGAAGAAAAAUAUCGGAAUAGUUUGAAAUCGUUGAGGGAAUUGCAAGAGACGAAUCGUGAUAUGAAGUAUGAUAUCGAAGAUAUGAACGAUGAGAUAAAAACUUGCGACAAAGCUGUAUCAAAAGCCGAACGUGAGAUCGAACGAUAUCGUAAGGAACGCGAUCGAUGCGAACAACAAUUAAAAACCGCUGGCGAUGAAGUUUCUAACAUUUCUAUGAUUAAUAUCGAACUGAAAAACCAACUCGAGAAAGAAGAAACGAAAUCUCAGUCGCUUGAAGACGCGUUGAAGUCAACCUCGGAGAACCUGCGCAAACAUGUAAAUGAGGAAAUGCGACAACGAACCGCACUCGAGGCCAAACGUCAACAAAACUCAAGUGCUUUGCUCAAGGGAAAGACCGAAAAUGUGAAAAAGAAACAAAAAGUGUCGAAAAAUUUGGAGAAAACUCAGAAUGCGGUCGUUGAGGCGACGAGGGAAGUCGAGGAGUUGACGAUUAAACAUGAUGAGACGGUUAAGAACAUCGCACGAUUAGAAACAAAGUUGAAAGAAAUCAACGACGAACACGAGAAGACGGAACGCGAGUUGAAGGGAAAGCGGGACGCGAUUGAACCCGUAGAACGCAAACUACAGACAGAACAAAUGGAAUUAAAAUCUCGCAUCAAAGAAAUGAAACACGAGGAACAACAAAUGUCGCAAAAGUUGAACGACAUGCGAAUCUCCGAGAACGCUAUGAAUAAAAGGAUUCACACAACGGAAGAAAAUAUUAAGAAGCUGAAAGAGGAACUGGAAGAAUUAGAAAUUAAAUUAACGACGGGAGAAAAAAGGAACGAGGAUCUUAAUAAACAACUAGAGGGCGCUAACGCUCGUUUCGCGGAGCGCGAGAAGAUUCACGAGGAAGUGAUGUCACAAAGGUUAGAGGUCAAAACUAACUUGGAGGAAAACGUGAAGGAAGAAAUGGAGAAGAAUAAGAUGCUCGCCCAACGUUAUCGGGAGCUACAGAGCGAACACAUUGAUUUAAAGAACCGUUUGAUGGAUUUAUACGACAGCAAGGUUAAGUUGGAAACCUCAAUUAAGGAUCAUAAACAGCUGGUAACCUUGCAAGAGAAGUUAAACGUAGCAUUGAAACAAUAUUAUCACGACCGUGGGGAGUUUAAUAAAGCUGGUUUGGAGAAGUUUCACGUCAGAUCCCACGUAAGUUAAGUCUUAAACUACAUUAUAAAGAUUGUGCGGUGGGGUAAGAUGGUCAGCACAUGACGUCCCACAUUUCUUAUCAUGAGGAUCAGGUUAUAUAAUUCUAUGUUCACUACCAACCGAGGAUAACAGAAUGUAGACAAGGACCAUCUGUUAAAAUAAGUUACUCCAGUACUGCAAAUGCAAAACGCACUAUGGUAGCGAACAAAUGAAAAUAGCUGGCAACAUUAGGUCCAGCAGAUUAAAUACCAACUAUGACAUCAUAAACAAACAUGAUGACAUCAUAAACACUGUCACCAGGACAACACGGACAAAAUGUCGAAAGUUCAAGGUGGCCUCGAGGUGGCGCUAGACAACAUCUCGUUGUUCCUUAAAUCGCAGAUUGACGGAAGUGCAGCCAACCGUGUCCACCAAGCUGCCAUGGAUUGGCUGACGACGCCCUAAU